CCGCCUGCCGCGCCGCCGCCAUGGCCGCGCCGCGCCGCGACCGCUGACCGCAGCGUCGACCGCGCCCGCCACCUCGCGCACACCGCGCUCUGCCGCCGCUAGGUAAAGUAUCGCCGACUCGCGGCCCCGUCUGCCAGCGAACCUCGCCCGUAGUGCUGGGCCGCGCUUUGUUCUGCGGAGUCGGCGCCGGGCUCGGGCGCCGCGCGCGCCUCGCCUCGCGCCCCGCGCGCGUCACCCGCCCGCUGCCUGGUUCAUGACGAUACGUAGGUAACGUUGUCGACUACGAAAACAGUUGUUAUAAAAACCUUGCGGACUGUAGCUCAGGACGGCGCUCCGUUCCCUCUGACUGCCUGGACAGUGCCUGUCGUAUUCAACCCCGGUGUGUACCCGUAACCGACGGUCGUGUGUUGCGCAGCUGACUGCUCCGAUGUUCUAUCGGCAGUCGAAGAGAUGCACACAAUGGAGACACACAGAGGUCGAGUUAGCGGUAAUCAGUGUUAAUUGAGUCGUAACGAGUCGCCCGGGGCCGGGUGUAGAGAUGUGCGAAAGUGUCCAUGGGAAGAGACGUGCCUCUCGUCCGGCGCGUGUCGCUCUGCGGGAUCGUUGGCACCCCUCCCAGAUGCGAGGUGUCGGGGGCGCAGCGCGGGCGCGAGCGGCAUGCGGCCCCGACGGCAGACGCCCAUGGAGGUCGGCUAGCGGCGCGCGCGCAGCCCCCGCGCCCGCUACCCCUGCCCCGCCCCGCCGAAGCCAUGGAACUCGCUGACGUGCCUCGACACCGACCCCUUGCCUUCGAUAAGAUGGAAAGCUUGAUAAAAGAAAUGCAAGACCCAGACUCAGGGGUUCCAGUAAGAAGUCAAAAACUUUUUCUCACUCUUAUUCCGUCUGCUUUUAUGGGUUACGAUCUUGUCGAAUGGCUAAUGGAUCGGUUUAAUUUUGAAGAACCUACAAAUGUUGAAGCAAUAAACUUAGCCAAUCAACUGUGUCAAUAUGGCUACUUCUUUCCUGUCAACGAUUUGAAGAAUCUUGUGUUGAAGGACGACUCUUCUCUUUACAGAUUUCAAAGUCCAUAUUACUGGCCAUGGCAAGCGCCACGCGUGGCGGGCAGCUCGAGCGCUCCAACAUUGGGCCCAGACAAUGUGGAGUACGCUAUCUACUUGGUGAAGCGGACGUUACGUAACAAGCAAAGACAUGGCCUUGAAGAGUACGAACAGGAAGCCCUCGCCAACCUCAAGAAGAAUCUCGCAGCGAAAUGGGACUUUAUUACUAUGCAGGCAGAGGAACAGGUUCGUCUAGCUAAGGAGAGGAAGAAAGGUGACAAGAUAGUGAGUGACAGCCAGGAGCGUGCAUACUGGCGCGUGGCGCGGCCCCCGCCGGGCGUGGCCAGCGCGCUGGAGCCCUGCCCCGUGCCCGUGCGCGCGCGACACCAUCGCGUCAAGAAGCGCUCCGUGCACCAAGUCACUCGCGAGAUUGAGCAUCUAAAAGCGAGUCUGGACCGUACGAGAGUGAAGACUUCAAUUGCCCUUGAGGCCCUCUUGGCCUACUCGGAGACCUUCACUCCCUACGAUCCCUGGCUCACCCCGCCGCAGCCCUCCAACCCUUGGGUCAGCGACGACACCCUAUUCUGGCAAAUUAACAGCCCUCUUGUGGAGGUGCCAAGUGAGAAGCGGGUUCAGCGCUGGGCGUUGUCUAUCGACGAACUGGUGUCUGACCCGACCGGGCUCCAGGAGUUCACCAGCUUCCUGCGCAAGGAAUACUCGCACGAGAAUAUCAGGUUCUGGUUGGCGGUCAUGGAUCUGCGGCGCAGCAGUACCAAGCAGAUUCCAAAGAAACUUGAAGAAAUCUAUGAAGAGUUUCUGAAGCCGGGCGCGCCGUGCGAGAUAAAUAUCGACGGCGCGACGGCGGAGCGCGUGUCGGAGGGCCUGCGGAGCGGGUCGCGGUACGCGCUGGACCACGCGGCCGAGCACGUGUACGGCCUGCUACUGAAGAAGGACUGCUACCCUCGCUUUGUCCGCUCCGACCACUUCCAACGCCUGCUCACUGAGGGCAGGAACGUGCACCAGAAGAAGGCUAAGUUAGUUGGACUUGUUACAGACGAGGUUCAAAAGUUUUUCAACUUCGGUGGGCAAGUGAAGAAAAAGCCGGGGUCGACGAGUGGCGGGGCUGGAUGCGGGCUGUCCCGGCGGCGCGGGUCGGACCGCUCGCUGUCGGGGUCGGCGCACGAGCUGGCCGUCUGCGCCGCGCAGGCCUCGCGCGCGCCCGACCAGCCCAGCCACAGCCACUCGCAGUCCAACCUCUGCGACAUCACCACUUUCAGAGAUCCUCUCGAUGACGACACGGCAGACGCACUCCCGUGGGAGUGUUCCUCGCGGGAGGUCGUGUACGGCAGCGCCAGUAGGCGGCGACAAGAUUCCGCCGCGGACUCCGGCAGCUCGUCCUCCGACGUCAGCGCCGCCGUCGCCGUCAGCGAGCGCACGCGGCGCCUGCCGCAGCAGAGCACCCUGGACGGCGGCCUCCGCGGCGCGCCCCCCCCGCUGCGCCGUCUGUCCGCCGUGGAGCCGCGCCACCUCGCGCCGCUGGCGUCGCCGCCGCACUCGCCGCGCCCGCCGCGCCCCCCGCCCGCGCCCGCGCCCCUCGCGCAUGCGCCCCCCCACCCCACGCCCACCAUCAGCGUCAGCUCUGCGCCCGACGACGACGAGGCCGGUUCUCCUCCCGGCACCGCCUCGCCUGACGAGCCGCGAUCUAUCGCGCACUCGGACGAACCUUCGUCGGUGUUCGCAUCUGCAGACGCAACUCCCACGGAACCGAUGCGGCCCGUGUUCAAGGUCGGUGACGAGCGACCGGCACCCGUCACCGAGGGGCCCGCGGCUCCCGCAGAUCCAGGUUGUGAUAGCUCAAAGGAAGAACCGCCACACGAACCCGUGAGGAUUCGGUCCGUGUUGGAGUCGGUGGUGUGCGCACCCUCGGUGGAAUCCUACGACGACUCGUCCGCUUCGUGCGCCGUGUCAGACUCCAGGGAUUCCGACCGAACGCGAUCGUCCGAAGACGACGUAGUGUCGGUGCAACGUGUGCUGUCCCGUGAAUCGUCAACGAUAAAAGAAACCAGUCCGGCCUCAAGUAAAGAUACGAGUAGCAAAAUUGGCGAUCUUCCGGAGAAUACGUCCGAGAGUGACGAUAUUACGACGAGCUCUGUUCAAGUGGUAGAGUCGACGAGUGAAGUGGCAAGUGUGUCGCCGAGUGCGCCGACUGUUGCAGCGUCGAGCGCGCUGGUACUUGCGCCGGCCAGCUCGUCAACGAGCGCAGCGCAGCCGGAGCCGGGGAAGCUGACGGAGUACGUGGCGCCGGGGCCGUGCAGCUCGGCGACGGUGGAGCCGGCGAGCGCGGCGCCCGUAGACUCGGCGCCCGUAGCCUCGGCGCCUGUAGGCUCAGCAUCUGUAGGCUCGGCGCCUCGCUCGCCCAUAGCGCCGCUCGCAGUCUGCGAGGAUAUCGGGGUCGACGACGACAACGUAGACAAAGUGCCUUCGGCGCCACUGCAAAGGGUCUCGGAAGAUUCCAAGGCGGCGUCCGACGCGGACGCGACGAAAACUAUUGCUCAUAAAGACGAACUGACGUCGGUCUCUGAUACCAAUAUUGUUAAGCGUGAUAAUAAAAGCGGCAUCGGUGAGCGUAAGCAGCGGAACGACAUAUGUCCAUGGGAGGACGAGAUGGGGAGGUCACAGGGGAAGCGUGUCGAGGUCAUGGACUGUAGGGCAGUGGUCGUAUGCCUCUGCGAGAAAUUCCUGCGAAAGUGA